AUGCUUGCGACGGUACUAAAUACAUUUUGGAGUGAAUAUGUUUGGUUACCGCCUAACACAACAUGGGCAGACAUAGCACCUGGCCCGGAAAAAGACGUAAUUUAUACGGAUCAUCGUCAUGUCUUCUUCCCAAUACCGUUAGCGCUAGUUUUUAUAAGCCUGCGCUAUAUAUUAGACCGGAUAGUGUUUGCCCCGCUCGGCAGAAACCUAGGCAUAAAAGACACACGUCCAAGGCGAGCGCCAGAUAAUCCAAAGUUAGAAGCAGCAUAUAAAGCAGGGUCAAAGACUUCAAAAGAGGGUUUAGAUGUGAAUUGA